AGUUGUACUAAAUGGAGGCUGUUUGAAACAUUGAAACGUCGCCUGGAAACUGAAAUAUUGCUGAGACAAGUUAAAAACAUGCAAUGAUAUUACAUUUAAUAUUUACCAGAUAGCUACGAUUGUAGAGACCGGUCAUUAUGGACGGUUCCGUUGAUGGUGCUGAGGAAGUGGACACUGACAGGUCCUCAUCUCCGACUGGAGCAGAGACUCCUGAAAUGGACCGUAACCCAUCACCGCCCCCAGACCCGGCCGAUGGAGAGGAGGAAGGAGAUUUGGACGCCAUUGGAGACACCGUUUACAGCAAGCACUGGCUUUUCAGCACCCUGACUCGACUCAUCCAUAUGGUUACAGAGCAUUCAGAGGUGGACUCUGAAGGUCAGAUGCAGCUCCCUGAUGAUGAUGAGGAAGAUCUGUGUAGAGUCUGGGACAUGGCAAUGGAUAAGGAUGUGGCUGGUUUUCUGCAGGAAUUCAAAGCUACAGAUAUCCUUCUUGGGGUAAUCGCCAAAUCUCGUUGUCCACGUCUCACAGAAAUCUGUGUGGGAAUCCUUGGGAAUAUUGCUUGUUUUCCUGACACUUGUCUGACUCUCAGUGAAAAUGAAGACUUAGGUGCUGUGCUGUUGCUUCUUCUUGGAGAUACAGAUCCUCCGACCCUCCUGGAAACCAGCAGAUUGCUGCUGACCUGUGUCUCUCAGAAAGACGUCUGCUCGCUGUGGCUUCAGAGAAUACGAGAGAAGACGUCUGUACGCGCCAAUCUCCUCUUCAUCAUGUGCAGUUCGACCAACACUGACCUGCUUGAGAAGGUUGGAGAGCUGGUUGACAAACUGUUUGACCUUGAUGAGGAGCUGAUGAAGAGUUGGAUCACAGCUCAACCAAGUGGGGAGGACGAGGAGGAUGGUGCUGAAAGCCGCCUGGAUGUCCCCUCAUGUUUUCUUGAGGCAGCAAAGCAGCUCAGAUCCGAGAGUCCGAAUGGCUUAGAGGUUUACCUUCAUGCGCUACAGCUCCUCACCACCAUAGAUGAGGGCAUUCAGACUUUUGCUGCUCCUGAUGGACCCGGCAAAGCAGUGUGGGACUUUGUGUGCGACGUUGUGUGUGAAGACCUCUGCCAGCCAACAGAUCUUCCAGUUGUUCUACAGGAGCAGAAGAGCAUUUUGGUUCAGGCGUUCGCUGUGCUGCAGGCUCUUUAUAGAUGCCAGGAUCAGUGGCACAGCAGAAGUGACACAAGUCUUCCCCUUAUUGGCACCAUUUUAAGGGUACUUCAGUACCACAGUGAGGGCAAACAUGUCAGUACCAGCGAAGGAGACACAAAAGAUGAACAGCUCCAGACUCUCGCAGACAUCACAGUUGAGUUUCUAGCCGACAUCUGCAUUCAGAUUCCCAAGGACACUAUGGCAGAUUUGUUGAAGGGAGGUUACCUUACAGAGAAGACUGCUCUAACAGCUGCGGGCAGUUUAAUGCCGAACUUCAAGACUUCAUUUCAGCACCUGCAGUCCGUGCUGUCAGAGGCUGAUCCCCAAAUGGCAGACAUGGUGAGGAAACAGUUUCCUGUCUGAGGCGCCCAGCAGAUCAGUGUUCAGCACUCAUCCAGACUCUCAACACAGCUUUUUAUAGCGGCUUCUAUUUCCUCUCCAAAGAUCCUGCUUCGAGUCAUGCUAUUUGGAUUUCCGUUGGAAAGACCAAAGGAGGAUGUCACACGAUCACGAGUAGCACACAGUGACACAAAGACUGUCAUUUUUUCAUAUUUUGAGCCACACUUAUCAGUUGUGUUUCUGUUUCUGUUUUAUUGUUCUGUGAAUGGUAUUUUUGUAUUAAAAACAGAGUCAAUAAAAUUAGCUUUUUUAAAAAAAAGGA